GCACGGUCCAUGCUCCUUUUCUCCGCCUCGAAUCGAAGACGACGCCUCUCUUUCCUUCUCCGCCAUCAAAUCUAGGGUUUUUCUUCCUCGCUUCCGCCGCCGUCGCCUCCGCCUCGCCUUGCUUUUCCGCGUUCUUUGCCGCUUCUUCCGCGCAGUAGCGCAGCGGUUGCUGCCUCCGUUCGUGGGUCGCUUCGGUUCGGUUCCUCCGGAAGUCGUCCGCUUUAGUAGCUCUGAGCUGUUUCCUCACGCUGGGUCGGAGAUGUUCUGGCGAAUCCCCAACCUUCCCGCUUCGUCUCCGGUGGAGUUAAUCUUGGAUAAGGAAAAUUUCACCUUAGAAGAACUUUUGGACGAAGAAGAGAUAAUUCAAGAAUGCAAAGCUCUUAACUCACGACUUAUUAAUUUUCUUAGAGAUCGUGCACAGGUAGAGCAAUUACUUCGAUACAUCACUGAGGAUGCUCCUGGUGAUGCUGACAAUUUACGAACGUUUAAGUUCCCUUUCCUUGCAUGUGAGAUAUUUACUUGUGAAAUUGAUGUCAUUCUUAAAACCUUGGUGGAUGAUGAAGAUUUGAUGAACAUGUUAUUCUCCUUUCUUGAACCAAAUCGUACACACAAUUCAACUUUAGCUGGGUAUUUCGGCAAGGUUGUGGUGUGCCUAAUGUUAAGGAAAACCAAUUCACUUAUGGCAUAUAUUCAAACCCACGUCAAUGUUUUCAAUCACUUGGUCAAUUUGAUUGGCAUAACAUCAAUCAGGGAGAUUUUGAUUCGACUUGUUGGCGCUGAUGAUCAUACAAAUCCAAACUAUAUGAAUAUCAUUAAGUGGUUGGCUGAUACCAGUCUUCUUGAGAUGAUUGUGGAUAAAUUAAGUCCCUCUCAUUCUACUGAAGUUAAUGCGAAUGCGGCUGAGGUUUUGAUGGCCAUUAUUCGAAAUACUCCAUCAGCUUUUGCUGCCAAGCUUUCCAGCCAAAGCUUUAUCACCAGGAUAUUUGGCCAUGCAUUGGAAAAUUCAUCAUCUAGAUCUGCUCUUAUCCACUCUUUAUCUGUGUGCAUUGCCUUGCUGGAUCCUAAAAGAUCUGCAUCCGCGGCAUCAAUUAAUUACAUCAGAAAUCAGCAUUUAUAUGCACCGUUUAGCGAUGUUGAUUCCAUAGCUCUUCAUGCCAUGUUGACACAUUUGGAUGGCUUGCUUAAAUUUUUGAAUGUAUCAUCUGAGAUUAAUACCCUUCCAACAACAUAUGGUGAACUGCAUCCUCCACUUGGGAAGCAUCGUCUUAAAGUAGUGGAGUUCAUUACAGUAUUACUAGAAGUUGGUGGUGAAGCUGCCGAGAAGGAAUUGAUUCAAUCUAGUGCCAUUCAGAUAAUCCUAGAUCUAUUUUUUAAGUAUCCUUUCAACAACUCACUACACCAUCAUGUGGAGAAUUUAGUAGUAUCUUGCCUUGAAAGCAAAAACACUGCAGUUGUCGAUUAUCUCUUUUGUGAAUGUGGUAUCAUUGCUAAGUUUCUACUGACAGAUAAAAAUCCUUUUCUUUCUGGUGAAUCCAGUGUGACAACUGUACCAGCCUCUGGAAGAAAACCAAUUCGGGCUGGAAACAUUGGACACAUAACAAGAAUCUGUAACAAACUUGUCCAACUUGGAAUUGGCAAUGAUCAUAUUCAGUCUUACCUACAGGAAUCAGUUGACUGGGUCAAUUGGCAAACUAAUGUGCUGCGUGAACGAAAUGCAGUAGAGAAUGUGUAUCACUGGGCCUGUGGGCGUCCAACAUCUUUUCAAGAAAGGACGAGAGAUAGUGAUGAAGAAGAACUUCAUGUUAGAGAUUAUGAUGUAGCUUUAUCAAACAAUCCUCUCCAACCAUUUCAAUAUCGAGUUUAUGAGAAUGAUGACAUGGAUGAGGAUGUAUACUUGAAUGAAGGAUCUACUGGGGUUGUCAUUUCUUCUUUGAGGCUUGGUGGUGAUAACCAGAGUCUUUUCACGAACUCCAACUGGUUCACUUUUGAGGAUGAUAAUUCGAUGGAGCCUAUGAGCAUCACAACCCCUGAUAAGAUGGAUGAUGUUAACCUAAAUGAGACAUCGAGUGGUGAUGACAGCAGCGAUGAUGAGGAAGUGGUUGGAGUUGAGGAGCUUACAAAGGCUGGGAUGCCUGAACACAAGUAUUCAGACUCAGAUUUCAUGUCUCAAGAUGCUUCUAGUGUAGAUCAAUCCCUGAAUGACUUGUCCACGGAUGUGACAAAGCUGAACGUCACGGAUGAUGUGAGCCUUUUUCGGUUGGAUACUACUGAGAAUGAGGACCUCUUUAACGACCAACAGCUACCUGAAUGGGUGGGCUGGCGUGAAGCUUCAGACAUUCAUGUGGAUGGAUCCACCGAUGCUCCAACCCAAUCAAACUCCAUGCAAGGCACUGCAAGCACUGCAUCAGUUAUCACAGCUGGUGCACCAGGUGAAAGUACUGUGCACACAUCAGAAUCUGUUGAGUCAGUAAAAGCAGAAGAAACUUCCUCUUCAUUGUUUGAGGACGCAGAGUUUGUCGGCGUGGAUUUUGAGGAAGCGAAAUCCAUAAUCGGUGAGGUUGGUGUUACAAAUAGGAACUUUGUUCUUCAGGUUCCGGAACUUCCUAAGCCCCAUGAAGAUGGUACGGCUAUCAAGUUCAGCAAGAGUCAUUGGCGGAUGGAACCUGAGGUAGGCAUCGUUCAGGAGUAGCACUUACGUCUAACCAUAUUGAUCGCGCAAAAGGCCUCCAUGUACAGCACCAUUUAUUCAGACGUGUAUCUCGUAGCAGGGGUACACACUGUUCUAUAUUGUAUUUUUGUCUCUAGACAGGUGAGUCAUUCCGUGUAUUUUUAUCGUCUUUAUCCCACAUAACUCUGUUUUCAUCUUCUUAAUCGCCAGUUACUGUUUCCUGUUAUAUAAUUGAAACAACCCUCUAUCUCUA